AUGUUGAAGCCAAUCACCGGCUUCGUCGUCGUCUUGGUUUCUCUCACAGCCUGCCUCUCCUUCUACCCAAUUGCCGCAGCUGGUCCCGACCCAAUCGCCGCAGUCUGCCGGAAAUCCAAAGACCGGAAUCUCUGCGUCAACAGCUUCCAGUCCAAGCUCAAUGGCCGAGUAGCCCCCCCCACUGAGCUCGCCAUCAUCGCGCUCAGGCUGGCGGCGUCAAACUCCACGGAUACGUCGCAGUUCGUGAAGAACAUGCUCGACGGCGGAUACGACUUGGAUCCCGCCGUCGACUACUCCCUCAACGAUUGUCAGCAGGGAUACCUUGACGCCGUGGAGCAGCUGGACAACUCGCUGGCCGCCUUGCUUGCCAAUGCUUACGCCGACGUGAGUGCGUGGGUGAACGCGGCGAUCGCCGACGUGCAAACGUGCCAGAACUCGUUGAACGGGCAGCCGGAGACCCAGCCGGGGAUGGCUCGGAGGAAUGCGAACGCGCUUGUUCUGUGCGAAAAUGCACUGAUCGUCAUUGACAUGUUGGCUAACAAAAGCUUAUGA